GGUUCAGGAAGAUAAGGAGAGGUGAGCGGCUGACGCAGAGCUUGUGUUGUGUUACCAAAGGAUCAUAUUACAGUCGACAGCAGGUUGGCUGAAACCAGAGCCGCGUUCGGAUCGCUGUGACUUCGAACCAGGAACUGGGACACUGAAAGGAGUUUUAAAGAAGCAGAAAAUCUGCGAGGUCUGCUUCCUGUUGCUGUGAGUCGAGUGUUACUAUGGGUAAGGAGAAACAACACUCCCUGCUGCUGCUUCUCCUCUGCUUGUCGGGUCUCGUUCACCGUUGUGCUGCCUUGGUGUUUUGGACGGCCAUGGUGGAGACCAGCUACACUGACGGCAACAACGACACUGUGGAUAAGUACUGCGAGUGUGGGCUGUACGGCCGUAACUCUCCUCUGGACAAAGCCUCAGGCGUCAUAGUGCUUCCAAAAGGAGAUCCUAAAGGCUGCGGUCCGGAGGCAAACUACAACCGGAACUCCAGCUCCCCGCCAUGGAUCGCCCUUGUUAAACGAGGCAACUGCACCUUCAGCGAGAAGAUCAACGCCGCCAUGAGCCAAGGAGCAGCCGCCGUGGUGGUGUACAAUGUGGACGGCAGCGGAAACAGCACCACGCAGAUGGCACACUCGGAUGCAGGUGACAUUGUGGCUAUUAUGAUCGGCAACAUUCAGGGAAUGGAGAUCGCCUGGUUGGUGAAAAACGGGACAGACGUCCAGAUGAUCAUUGAGGUGGGCAGCCCUCACGGACCGUGGAUGGACACCUACUGGCUGUACUUCCUGUCCAUUGCCUUCUUCAUCGUGACUGCCGCCUCCAUCGCCUAUUUCGUGUUCAUCUCUGCGAACCGCCUGUACAGCCUGGGCAGGCACAGGCGUGCCGAGAAGAAGCUGAAAUCUGAGGCCAAGAAAGCGAUCGGGCGCCUCCAGGUGCGCACGUUAAAACGAGGGGACGAGGUCACCACGUCUGACGCUCUGUGCGCCGUGUGCAUCGAGUCCUACAAAGUAGGGGACGUUGUGACAGUCCUGACGUGUGAGCACAUCUUCCACAAAGCCUGCAUCGAGCCCUGGCUGCUGGACCGGAGAACCUGCCCCAUGUGUAAGUGCGACAUCCUGAAGGCUCUGGGGGUCGAGGAGGACACCAAAGACUUCUCCACGCCGUCUCCACCAGAGGUCACUGUGAUCACAGUGACUGGAGGAGACACCAUGUAUGAGGUCCCGCUGAACGUCCCAGCCAGCACCGACCCAGAGCAUCAGCAUCGCUAUGACAACAGGGCCUUCGAGGCCGACUCGGAGGCUGCGAGAGGAUGAACAAAACAACACGCUGCUUCUUUUACACAAAGGAAUCGCACAAUCAAGCUCCCACAAUGAUCCCACAACACAAACAUGCUGCAAAGUAAAACUUUAAAUCUGUCACUUUAAACUAAUUUUAUCUUGUAUAAAGUGUGUUCUGAGCUACCUUUGAGUGAAUUUCCUACAGCUUUAAAACCAACGAGUUCUGGUGCGACACGUGUCACAUUUCUGUUUUGCAUAGUCAGUGCAGCAGACGCUCUUUAUGAGGAUUUGAAUACCUGUUUGUUUACUGGGGCCAAAUCUCGUCACCAAACUUUUUGUUGUUCUCAGACAAAAUCAGCUACUUCAGUUUAAACAAAGUGAAAUCUCUCGCCCGUCUAAUUCAGAUUACUUACAGGUUUGAAACUGGAGCGGACUUUUUAUUGUCAGGCUUUACUCACAGACACACCCAGAGGAACAGGAUGACACACUGUGCGUCACCAAGAACACCCAAGAUCGCCUGUAGGAACAGAGUUUUGAUGAAGAAACAAAGAAACAGAGACACGUGGCUGUAAAAUGAACACCGUAGGAAAAGUAGAACUGGACAAACUGGUUCUCCAGGCCCUAUAUGUUAGAUUGUUUUUAAUUUAUAAUGUUAUUUUUGUUAAUAUUGAACCAAUGCGUAACAUCGUUUUAAUCUUCUUUGUCCAAAAAGCUGGUAUUUAGGCUUGAUUUCCUGUUGGUGAGCAUGUCUUCCUGGAUUUUAUUGUAAAUUUUAGAGGAAUGAAGUUCAUUUCUGUCUUUGCUCUACCUCUGAGUCGACUUCUUGAAACAUGUUUUAAGAUCUUUGAAAGAUAAAGUUGGUCUUUGUGACAAAAUUGGAUAAUUGGUUGAUUUCUUUGGAAAUCAGAGGGGACUGGCUGAUAAUGGUACUU